ACCUUAGCAAAAGUCACGUAAUAAAUCUUGGAUAACAUGAAAGACAUUUUUGUCCUCAGACGUCAACUUUUUGGAGGUCCAUUGGAUUUUAAUAGUAGCCAGUAUUAAUGUGUCGCUGUCUUAAAUCCUAACGCUUUCUAUCUGGCCCUAUUUCAGUCAUCUUCAAAACACGUUUGCCAUCUUAUUUUGAAAGUAUGUAUUUCCGCUAUAUUGUCGCUAGCUUUUGUUGGCUUUACGCAACAGGGAGGCAUGUCUCAUGGCAAAGCAGAAAGUAAAAGCUGAGCUUAAACUUCUUUGUGACAACCGUCUGAGUGACGCCUCCCUUCGGGUUGUCGUUCAUGUGAGAAAACAGACCUCCGCUCACUGAGAGACGCGGUCGGACGUUGUUUUUGAAGUAGAAGUCCAGUCACGACGCUACAACUUUCGCUAAAGUCCAGCAGCCGUUUCAGCUGCGACCACACCCUCCGCGCUUCCUCAUAGAACUGGAGCGGCAGCGGGAACGCGCAGCCAGCGCCACUUUGAAAUCUCCGGGAAUAACGGCCGUUUCAGUUCCUUCUUUCAGACGCUUGUGAAGGGACCGGGGCUGUGGAGGGAGCUGUCGGAGCGAGCUACUGAAAUGUUACCGGACCACCGGAUGGUAGUGAUGUAAAAGAAGCGGCUCCCAGGAGAGGACAUGCGGGGCCACACUUCACUCUCCGCUCUCGAGUUAAGACGCGGCGGAGGCGGCGGUGGAGGAGGAGGUGGCGUUGGAGGACGGCGGACACACGGACGAUGCAUACGGAGUCGAGGCCACUGUUAGAGUCUGAUCCUGGACACUGUUUGAGUACGGAGAGUUGAAAAGUGGACUGAACGGCUUGUUGGAACCGUCUAUGGAUUUUACUUGGGUGGGACCCAGAAGGUGAUGGUGGAGCAGCAGGCCUGGCAUCAGGAUGAAGUGACUGAGGCAGGGUCUUUAAAAUAUCUUGUGUGGUCAAAUUUAAAAAGAAAAAUAUAUUAUACAUAUAUAUAACCAGUUUAUGUUUCAGACAAGUGAGUGAAAGGUUAAUUAGAAUUUUACUACUGUUGAAAUCAUUGAAAAAACAUUGCAGCCUGGUCUUACUUCUGAACUUGUCACUGAUCUUUACUAAACAGUUUUAUCUUAGAAACCGUCACUCAACUCGAACACGAAGGCUAGUUAGAAACAACCCAGCUUAGUUUUAUUAUAACGCUGUUGUCCUGAAGUUGCAUUCAGUUUCUAUAAGCCCUGAACAGGAGGCAGAACUUACAACUCAGGGGAGAGGGGGGUAAGCCCCCGCAUGCCCUCUCGUGGUGCCUUGCUCCCAGAGCUGAAGGAAGCAGAAAUCAUCCCAGCACUCUAAAGAGCUGCUUGGGUGUUGCCUUGCCUUUACAGCAGCAUGAUUACUCCACCAGGCCAGUCAGAGUUUGUGGGAACAAAUUGGAUAAGACUUCAGUGCUGUGUCAGACUCUUCGCCCUGGACUCACCAUGUUGUCCCAAAUGACUAUAGUGGGGGAAACGUAGCGACACAAACAUGUAGAGGUGCUGUUUGUCCACUGGGAGUCAUAAAGGAAAAGCAGAGAAGAGCAGUUGAUACCCACCCCUACACUCUCACCCUUCUCCCCUCUUUAUUAUGGCAAGUGGUGGUUCUGGCAAAUCCACUAGUGAGGGAUCAACCAGCACACCCACCAGCAGUCUGCAGCAGAGGAAGCGACUGUCCUCUAUCUGUGAUACCUGUAAGAGCAAGAUGCAGCUGGUCGCCGACCUCCUCCUGCUGGCCAGUGAGACCCGGCCCGUACUGAGUUCUGAAGGAGUGGCCGUGGCCGACACCUUCGACCAGUGCCGCGACACCGUCAUUGCCAGGACUAAAGAGCUCUCCAUUCUCACCCAUGAUAUCCAGAGCCAGCUAAACAUGGGACGCUUCACCGAGGUGGGGGACCGCCUCUUGGAGAUGGCCGACCUUGUUGUGUCUUUGACUGAGUGUUCCGCCCACGCCGCAUACUUAGCAGCCGUGGAGACCGUUGGCUCUCAGCCCUGCAUGCCUGGCUUGGUCGAUCGGUACAAAGUGACUCGAUGCCGACACGAGGUUGACCAGAGUUGCAAUGUCCUUCGAAUCACACCGUUGCCAGAUCUGACCCCGCAGCUUCUCCUGGAGCUUUCACAAAACAUCUCCAUCAACCUCAAGACUCUUACAGACAUCCUGUCACUGGCCAGUGAGCGGUCCAGGGACCGCUUUGCAAAAGAGCAGUUCAAGUUGAGCGUCAAGAGCAUAAGCACAAGUGGCACAGCUUUCCUAGCGUGUGUCAAGGAGGUGAAAACUCAACCCAGUGAGUUGACCAGGAACCGCUGCGUCCUCUUUAGCGCCGCCUUGGUGCAGGCAGUCAACGCCCUGGUCGGCUUUGCCACAGAGCCUCAGUUCCUGGGACGAGCUGCCAGUGUCUCGGCUGAAGGGAAGGGGGUACAGACUGCAGUUUUGGGGGGUGCCAUGAGUGUGGUUUCGGCCUGCGUUCUCCUCACUCAGGGCCUCAGGGACGUUGCCCAGCAUCCCGAUGGCAGUUCCAAAAUGGCGGACUACAGGGAGCGUUUGCGUAACUCGGCAUGUGCUGUGUCCGACGGCUGUACUCUGCUCACCCAGGCACUGAGAGAACGCUCCUCUCCCCGGACUCUGCCACCAGUUAACUCCCAUUCUGUGAAUUAGCCUAAAAUGGUGGGGAAUGAUGUUCGAUUCCCUUCAGUUCUACCAAAGAGACUCGGCUGGAUUGACCCUGCUCAUCAGGUUUGAGUCAGAAACAACAGAUGAAAUCUGACUCUGGCUUCAGGUUUAAAGUGUGUGACGACCAAGCAAAAGAACAGACGUGGUUCUGCGUUGCGCUGGAUGUGACUCGAACCCUGUUUAAAAAAGAAAACAGAUGUCAAGCCCGCCUCGUUCCUGCAGCCAGAGCUCAGAGUUUUCUCAUCAGAAACCAAACCUGAAAUGUUUACCUCAGUUUUCAGCUCCGGUGAAAACACCAGCCUUGAUGAUCGAUGUAGCCUCGCUGUGUGAACCUACGGUUGGCCGACCCACUCAGUUCCUUGUGCUUUUGUGAGAUUGGAACGAUUGGACAGAGUGUCUUGCUGUUCUGUUCUUUUCAACAUGUGUGAAUUCUGAAUUGGUUAAAAGCUGCUGUGAGAGUGUGCCAUAGGUUUUACACUAUUUACCAGAUGUUACAUAGUAUUUUUACGUGUUCUGACCAUGCAUGUAAUGGAGUAUUUAUUUCAACUAUUAAAAUGUUUCCUGUA